CAGCCGCAACGCAGGAUGAAGUUUCUGCCUGCAAAACUCGAACGAAAGCUCCAUCGCUUGAAGAAGCACUCGAGGUCACCAUUGAAGCGAAAGUUGGAUGUAAUGCACGAAAAUGCCCGCAAUAAGGUGUUUCAGCAGAGCUGCGAUGCCUACAAAGAUCAUAAGAAAUCGGAGUAUGAGUGUCGGAAACGCACGACAAAAAUGGCUGGCGGCUCGAGGGAAACAUUCCUUAGUGAUGGCAGUUUCCACCAGUCCGUGGGAAGGGUGCUGCUUGUGGCAGAGUUUUUUGCCAUGAUGCCGGUAAAGGGAGUGACAGGAAAGCAUCCGGGAGACCUAAGCUUCUCCUGGCGCAACGUACGAACUGGCUUCAGUCUGGUAUUCAUCGCCUCCAGUCUGGCAAACUUUGGACUCUCCCUGUUCAAGGUGUUGAACAAUCCCAUUAGCUUCAAUAGCGUCAAGCCCAUCAUCUUUCGCGGCUCUGUGCUGUUGGUUCUCAUUGUGGCUCUUAGGCUGGCGCAGCAGUGGCCCAAUUUGAUGAUGUACUGGCAUGAAGUGGAGCAGGGCUUGCCGCAGUAUCCAUCGCAACUGGCAAAGUGCCAGAUGGGACACACCAUUCGGAUGGUUAUGCUUGUGGGAAUGAUGCUUUCCUUUGCGGAGCACCUACUCAGCAUGAUAUCGGCCAUUAAUUAUGCAAGCUAUUGCAAUAGCACCGCUGACCCCAUCAAGAACUAUUUUUUGCGCACCAACGAUGAGAUCUUCUACGUGACCAGCUACUCCACGACCUUGGCCAUGUGGGGAAAGUUCCAGAAUGUCUAUUCCACGUUUAUAUGGAACUAUAUGGACGUGUUUGUGAUGAUUGUCAGCAUUGGUUUGGCAGCAAAGUUUCGACAGCUGAACAAUGACUUGAAAAACUUUAAGGGAAUGCACAUGGCGCCUUCAUACUGGUCGGAGCGUCGCAUUCAAUACCGAAACAUUUGCAUAUUGUGCGACAGAAUGGACGAUGCCAUUUCCCUCAUCACUAUGGUAUCCUUUUCGAACAACCUCUACUUCAUAUGCGUUCAGCUUUUGCGUAGCUUGAACACCAUGCCGUCGGUGGCCCAUGCAGUUUACUUUUACUUCUCCUUGACAUUCCUCAUUGGUCGCACGCUGGCUGUGUCUCUGUACUCCGCUAGUGUGCAUGACGAAUCGCGGGUUACUCUGCGAUAUCUGCGCUGUGUGCCAAAGGAUUCAUGGUGUCCGGAAGUCAAGCGCUUUUCGGAGGAGAUUAUCAGCGAUGAGGUGGCACUCAGUGGCAUGAAGUUUUUCCAUCUCACACGAAAGUUGGUGUUGAGUGUGGCAGGCACUAUAGUCACCUAUGAGCUGGUGCUCAUUCAGUUCCACGAGGAUAACGGUUUGUGGGACUGCAAUCAGAGCUAUUACUCAUAGUUCAAGAGAGAGCGUUUUUGCAUAAUAAAUAAAAAAUCAUCUUGCACUUGCACUUUAUUAU